AUGCAAACUCAAGCCGUCCGUUUACCACCUAACUGCAGUUUUGGUUUUUUAAAUACACACCUCAAACUCAAAAGUCGGCCGUGCUUCGUGUACACUCUGCUACGUGAGCGGUGGCCACAGUCCUCGGGGACUGACACCCUCCCUCCCAGUGAUCCCAGCACAGAGAGCGUCUGCAAGGGAGGCCUUCACCAGACAGAGCAAACAAGUCGUUUUCUAAAGAACGAGGAGAACACCCUGCCAACCAGCGCCUGUGAAACCACCCGCUGUGUCAGUAGGACAACAACGAAGCGACGGGAAGCCUUCCCCCAGUUCUGGAAAAAACACAGAAUUCAGAUCAGUGCCCGCGAUGGGCCAGGGUAUGUUCUGGGCAGCGGAGAUACGACGGAUAAACAGGACACACGAAGAGACCUCAUGCGCCUUCCGAGCUGGCAGGAGAGACAGAAAAUUGCUCACUCUGGGGGACAGCAGCCACCAUGUCAUGAAGACACUCAAGGAGCCCUGCGUAGCCACCUGGAUGGAGAGGACCUGAGGCCUCCCACCAACAGCCAGCACCCACUUGCCAGUUGUGUAGUGAAACCACGAUGGACUGAGAGACUUAAGGGAGGAAGAGGGAAGGAGCCACGGCUCAGCACCCAGACGUUACGUGCACGACCCGCCAAGCUAUCAGGAGACCACACAGUAGAAAGACCAGUGGUGACUACCUGCCAUGAAUUCACCUGACAAGCAUCCAUCUUUCCUGGCAUUAGUUUUCUCGUCUAUAAAAUGAGAUACAGGUGUACAACAGAGACGAUGAGAAUUCUGAGCCUUGUUUGUGGCAAUUCUACCAGAAGGGGACUGCAUGGCACCACCACAAGAUUUCGUAAAUUACCCUGAACAUACUCAGUUAUUCACUAUUUGUUCGG